AUGAAGUGCUUCUGGAAGAUGUCCAGCCUGCGCAAUGUAAUCAAUCUCUUCAAGCGUUCAGACAUCGACGACGAUGAUCAUAGAUACGACGAGGAGCCUAGCAAACACACUUCGUUACCCAUCAUUAGCGGUCCAGAAGCCGAGCAAGAGCAUGAAGACGAAAACAAUGGUCCUAUUGUUGACACGAAGCUUGAGACUGGAAGUGUUGAUACUCCAGACGCUUUCAUUCCAGAGGUGCACGAGGAGCUUCAAGAACUGAAGAGACUCGAGAUUGAGUCCCUUCAAAACAACACCAGCGACAUCGAUAUAAACGACACCAUCGCUGGCUCCGCCGAACAGGACGUCGAAUCUGAACUUGAUGAAGUCAACGCUGCUUCUGGAGUUGCGAUCAAAGAGACUGAUGUGGAUUCCGUCGAAGAGGAUCCAGCCCCAGUUACCGCGGCCCCAAGGGUUCAUCAUGGAGUCUACGAUCACGACGCAACAAGCGCCGCACCCAUCUCUGAGUGCGAGACUGAGCUUGAAGACCACGACACCAGUUCUGUGGCUUUCGGAAAUGAGGUCGGAGAUGAGACCGUCUCACUGCCCCCAGCAAAAGGUAUCACUCAAGAUGGCGACGACAUCGACGCUGGUCCCACCGACACGAUCUGUGCCACAGAAGAGGAGCAGACCCCCGCGGUCUCCAACUCUUCUGACGACCACGACGACCCCAACGCCAUUGACCCAGAAAUCCUCCGCGCAGACUGGGCCCCCCUCCUUGCAAUCCCCUCAGACCUCUUCUGCUCCACACUCCUCCAGCACCUGCCCGCCGCUCACGCUAUCACCCUCGCCGACAUCCAAAGCGUCGACAAAAUCCAAGGCGGCAACAAUUUCGUGCGCAUCCUCGAAAUCACCCACGGCCCCUCUGCAGACCUUUACGUCAUCAAAGUGCCCAGUGUCGGUACAGCUGCGCGCUGGCAAGACUCGGACGCAUACAUGCUACGCAAUGACGCGCGUACGAUGCUUUAUAUCCGCAAACACACGGAUGUUCCUAGUCCGGAGGUACUGGGUUGGAGUGAUAAGUUGGAUAGUAAGCUCGGCGCGCCGUACAUCCUCAUGCGCGCGAACAAGGUCGUGCCAGCGAGUAGUAUCUGGUUUGAGCAGGAUGACAAGGGGGAAGACGAUGUCACUAAUGCUGGGCUACCCGGCACAGCUCGCAUGGACAUCAGACUCACGUUUCUCCGCUCGCUGGCAGCGCAGAUGGCAAAGUUGCAAACACUAACGUUCGAUGCGGCGGGCACGCUAGAUUUCGAUGACGAUGAGGAGAAGCCGACGAUAGGGCCGACAUAUCACUGGAAAACAGUCAGCGAAAUGGCGGAAUUAAGUGAAGACGAUAUGGGCACUCCAGCCAGUAUAACGCGCGUCCCCGCCUUCCCCUCCAGCACCGAAUAUUUCUCAAGCGCCCUCGAGCACCACUGGCCUCUUCGUACCGACACCUUCGGCGCACUCAGCAACGGACGACGCUUCAUCAUGCAAGCCAUCUUAUCCUCUCCACCCUUCUGUCCCUCCCCAUCCAACACAGAUAACAAGGAAUCAUUCACCCUCCGCCACCCGGACCUCGAUUUCCAAAACAUCCUCUGUGCACCCUCCGGCCACGUCACAGGUCUAAUCGACUGGGACACCGCGCGCUCUGCGCCUCGGUGUCUGGGCUUCUGCGCGCUCCCAGUCUUCCUGACGCGCGAUUGGGCGCCCGGGUUCGAGGUCGAUGCAGAGAUGCACAUGCCCUGGGAACUCACCGAGUACCGUGGCGUAUACGCGCGCGCGAUGCUGGCUGCUUCUCCGGAUGGCAAGUUCACGGCAAAGAGCGCGGUGUAUGAGGCGUGUAAUGCGACGCUGUAUGGCGGGACGCUAGGUGGUAGUGUGGGGGGGUUUUGUGAGAAAGGUAUUGGGGGGAGUUGGAGGGCACGAGGAGGUUGGAGGAUGUGGAUGUCUUGCGGCAUCUCGGGGAGGGGUGGGCGCUUGGAGAGAUGA